CUCGCACCUGGCUUGCUUCUCCUCCUCCACCUUCUCCUCGCUCCUCGGCCGCAUACGCGCAGCCAUGCCGCCCUCCUGGCUGCGCCUGCCCACGCGCAUCCCGCCCGAGCUGGAAAGCGCCGACUGGUCCUGCUCUCUCGCCUCCUCCUCCUCCGCUGCCUCCUUCAGCGACGCGUGGCUCGCCUCGCUCGCGCUCCCCGCCGCCGUCAGCGCCUUCGCAUACGAGCCCGUGCUCGGCUAUCUCGCCCUCGGCACCGCCAGCGGCUCGCUGCACCUCUUCGGCCGCACCCUCUCGCUCGAAUGGGCGCUCCGGCCGGCAGCCGCGAUUCGGCAUCUGGCGUGGAGGGCCGGCAGUGGCAUGCUCGUCGUUGCCGACGUCAAGGACAACCUGGCCAUCUUCGACGUCUCGCGCAGCGACGCCGCUCUGAGCGCCACAAAAGGGCAAGGCGGCACCGCCGGGCUCGCGCCCGUCUUCAGCGGCGCCACGCUGCACGCCGACACGCCGCUGCGCAUCGCGGCGCACUCGGCGCGCAACGGCAUCACGUGUGUCGAGGUGCAGCCGGGCCAUGCGCAUGUGCUCCUCGGCCUCAGGGACGGCACGGUGGACGCGUAUGAUCUGGAGAGAGCGGUAGUGUCGCCCUAUCGCAUCCCCAAUCUUUGGUGGGAAGAGGAGGAGAUCUUGCGCAAGUCCGGCGUGCCAGAUGCACCCAGUCGACGGCAUGUGCCCAUGAUCAUCGACAUCAAGACGCACCCGCUCGACAUGUCGCGCCUGCUGCUCGCAUACGAAGGCGGCGCCUGCCUGCUUGAUCUCAAGACGCGCUCCGUGCUGCGCUCCUUCCAACUGCGUCUGCUGCCCGGCGCACCCGGCGCCGGCGGCGCGGCCGACGACGUGCUGUGGACGGAGCGCGCCUCGGCGGCCACAUGUGUGGCGUGGCGCUCCUGCGGCUCCGUCUUUGCCAUGGGCCACGCCGAUGGCGUCGUCUCGUUCUGGAGUGCCGACGACGGCGACAAGCCGCUCAUGGUGAGGACGCUGGAUGCGCUCGACGUCGAGCGUCCACAAGCGCCUCCCGCGGCAGAGGCGCCGCAGAGGAGAUUCACGCGCGAGCCCAUCUUCAAGCUCGCCUGGUCCAGCUUUCCCGCGGCGACGUGGCGCGACAUGGCGAGCAGCGCGAUGCAAGACUCUGCCUCCUCCUCCUCCGCCGCCUCCGCUUCUUCGGCCAACGCGAGCAAGGGCACCAUCCUCACUGUGCUCGGCGGCGGCAUACUCGACGUCGAGCCGGCCGGUCUGGCCAACUGGCACUUCCCGCCCUACAGUGCGCCGCUCUCCCUCUGGGCCUCCAAGGCGCCCGACGCCGUGGCCAAGCAGCGCGCGGCGCUGCGCAAGUCGCUCACCUCCGACUUCGAGACGCGCCUGCCGACGUGCGGCGUCUGCGAAGACUUUCUGCUGCUUCCUCGCAGCUCGCCGCACUAUGGAGGCACGCAUGAUCCCACGAGCAUCCUCACGCUCGUCGGCGCCGAUGAGCGACUGCCUCCACUUGCGGGCACCUCGCGAGGCAUGCAGGCCUUCUCCUUUCCACCCUCGCCGCAUGCGCAGGCCAAGCCGAGGACAUUGCCCCUGGCGCUGAGCCUUGCGGGCAGUGGCGCCGUGCUCGGUGCUCGCCUCUUCAAUGUCAGCGCACACGCCUAUCGGCGACUGCUCGGCGCCGAGGGUGCUGCGCGCGACGGAAGUGUCGCUGCAGAGCUGGCCGAGGCAGCAAGUGCAGGCGAGGGCACAGAGCUGCCUCUGCGCGGCGGCGCCGCACAUCCACGCACCGAGAACGGCCUGUCGCCCGAGCUGCUCGCGCGUGGAAGCGACGACUAUCGCCUCAUGCUGACGUGGCACCAUGACGGCACGGUGCGCUUUGCCGAUGUCAGUGCGCACCUGCUGCUCGUGGGCCGCGUCGUGGAGGAUGCGUCUGCGCAAGGAGGCUCCGCUGCGACAGUGCCGCCUGCGGAGCCGGUGCUGCAGCAGCCCUUCCCGCGUGCCCUGCCGCACCUCACCAUCUCCGUGCGCACCCUCGUCCUCGACUCCAACGACGGCGGCACGUUUGCUCGGCUGCGCAGCAACGUCUCGCGCCUCGGCAUCGUCGAUGUCGCCCUCGCCCCGGACGCCCUCGAGCUCGCCGUCGUGCUCGCCGGCGGCGCCGUGCUGCACUUUCGCUUCGACUUUGCGCGCGCCUCGCACACCGAGGCGCUGCGCAGCGAAGUGGCGCGCGAAGUGGCGCAGGACGAAGCGGCGGCGCGCGAGAUGGCGGAGCCGAGAAGUCCGAGCCUGCGAAGUCCGGGAACGACUCAUCUCGACGAUGCCAUGUCGGCGGCGAUGCGCGAACUCGGCACAGGCCCGCCGGAGCCAACCGCAAGGCCGCUGUGUACUGCAUCGCAGACGCUUCCAUCCAGCGGCUCGCGAGGCGCACUGGCAGCGCCGCCUCCUCGUCCCCGUCGCGACGCCCGGCGUCUCAUGCAGCCUCAUACGCGCGAGAGCAGUGCCGAGUCUGGCCCUUCCGCUACAGCUGCCGUGACGGGAGCGAUGGUGCGCCAAGUCGAGCCGCUCGGACACUUUGCAGACUGGCAGACCGACGGCUUCAAGCCCACGCUCAUGCUCGAUCUCGUGCGAGGCGGCGUCACCGCGACGGCCGUCUCCGACAUUGGCUUUCUCGCCGUCGCGUGUGGCGCUGCGCUCGCCGUGCUCGACCUGCGCAGCGCCGCUAUCGUCUACCGCGAAGGCUUCGGCGACGCAAGCGACACGCCGCAGGCGCCGCAGGGGCAGCGCGAGUCGCGCGACUUUCGCAAGAUGCAAGAGGAGGAAGGCUCGGGCGUCAUCACGCGCAUGACCAUCACGAUUGCGCGCUCCGCCGACGAUCCACUGCUCGCGCCUCGACUCGUGGUACUGCGCCAUGGCGCCGUGUCGGUGCGCACGUUCGUCAAUCUGCCCACUGGCUGGGCCUGCUUGCGCACGGGCGUGGCCGCGACCGAAGAACUCACGGCGCCCGUGUCGCUGGCGGUGCUCGAUGCGAAAGGCAUCGAAUGCAGCGCCCUGCCGACGGACCUACGAGCUGCGCUGCGAGAGCAAGAGAGGCCAGACGAGGAAGAUGUCGCGCGCCACGAGUCGCAUCUGCUGCUCGCAGCCGGCGGCUCACACGUGGUGCUCCGCGUGGGCCUGACGGGUGCGCGUCUGGCAAAGGCAGACGUCGGCGAGCCGAUCCUGCAAGCUCAAGUCGUCGAGCGCCACAACGAGCGAGUGUGUGCCGUCAUCACGCCCACCUCCACACGCAUCCUCUCGCUUCCUCACCUGGAGCCCGUUGCGCGCCUGCACAACAAGCCGCGCCGCGAAGCCAGUGCGGCGGCACAGGCGCCACUGUCGGUCUCGCUGCUGCGCACCGGCGACGUGCUCGAGGUAGCCUCGAGCAGCGACGUGCGACUGUCGACGCUCUUUGGUGGGCUUCCCAGACCCGCUCCACCGGCGAUCGACCUCUUCGACCCCAAGAUGGCCGCGGCGAUGCCCUCGCAUCCCGGCGCCGUCUCGGCGGCCGUCAAGGGCGUGACGAGCUGGCUGAGCGGCAAGAGCAGUGCCCUCGAUGCCGGCGCACAGCUCGACGAUCUCCUCGCGGGGCCGCAGCGUCCUGCGCGAGCUCUCAAGCUGCCGGAGCCGAAGCAUGUGCAGCAGGCGCUGGCGCGCGAGCUCAAGAGCGCAGAAGCAGAGGCCGCGGCGCAACAAGCUGCGGCGAGCGCCGCCGCCUCCUCGUCGAGAUCGCCGCUGCGCGAGGCCGAGAGCGCAAGAGUGGCGCGCCAGACGGGCGAGGCAAAGGGCCAGGCGCAGGCGAACCUGGCGGCGGCAAAGGAGCGCGGAGAGUACAUGACGAGUCUGGAGGAGUCGCUCGGCUCGCUGGAGAAGGGCGCCUCGAAGUGGCUGGCCGACACCAAGCAGCUUGCAUUCAAGACGUCGGCCAAGGGCCAGCUCUCGCGCUUCGGGCUUUAAAGAUGGCUGCAAUUUCACCCGUCACUUGCCUCAUGGCAGUGCCGGCACCUCGAACGUCUUGAGUGCCGCAUCGGCGCCCGCCGUCGCGAUGGCGGCGCCGUCGAGCCAGAGGGCGCCCGUGGCUCCGCCGGCAUGCGCAUUGCGAAUGGCCACGUGCUUCAUGGGCUUCGCCACGCUCCAGACGUAC